AUGCGUGUCUCCGAGUCUGUCCUCUCUGUGCUGCUUGCCUCGCUUUACGCAGGCCAUGCUGCAGCUGAGAAGUACAAUGGAACUUGCGAGGGAGAUAGCCCCGUGAAAUUGCGCAUUGGCAAUGGUGGCGCUGGUCAGAGUGGCUUGGUCGAAGUCGAAUGGGUCAAGGGAGACACUACCGAAACUAUCAACAACCUCAAGGACGGCUCAGUUGAUAUCGACAUCACCUACCAUAAGACUGCCGAGGAGAUUGCUAUCUCGGGUGGCAUCGCCGAGGACUGCAAGUACAAGGACGAGAACAGCACCGAGGCUUGCUUCGAGAACUGCGACGACCACAUCGAGAAGCCCUGCUACACCUUCCGCGAUCACUUCUACCUGACCGGUCCUAAGGAGAUCACCACCGGCAUCAUUGACGACGACGAUAUCACCGAGACGUUCUCUAAGAUUUACAACUCGGCUGAAGCUGGGAAGGCUCGCUUCCUCAGUCGGUUCGAUAAGUCGGCUACCAACAUCAAGGACUCUGAGUUCUGGAUCAACAUUGGACAUGUGCCUUGGGCCACAACGUACUCCAAGUGGUACCACCAGUACAUGGACUAUCCCAUCCAGGUCCUGAAAGCCGCCAUCAACCUAGGCGAAUACACGGUCACCGACCGAGGCACGUACAUGACCCUUCAGAACGAGGAGAACAUCACCGACAGCAUCCACAUCUACAAGAGUGGUGAAGAUAUUCCCGAACUUCUCAACCCUGCCGACAUCCUCAUCAGCAAGAAGGCCGAGGACAAGGACCUUCCUUCCGACUUUGUCCAGUGGGUUCUCAGCGAGGACGGUCAGAAAGUCAUCGUCAACUUCCACAAGGAACAUGGAUUCUGCCUGUACAGAGGUUUCCCUGUCGAGGAUGGCGAUGAUGUCAAGCCUACCGAUUGCAAAUGGAAUUUGAAUGCAAGCGACGACAGCGACGACAGCGACGACUCGAGCGCGGAAACUCGCCGAAGUAUCCGCGGUAUGCGCUGGAGAUCGUGA